UUUUUUCUUUCGGUGAAGGUUCUAUUAGGGAAGAUCUCCACUGGAGCUCAAAAUGACUUGGAGAAGGUCACCAAAAUGACCUAUGCCCGGGUUGCAGUAUAUGGCUUCAGUGAGAAAGUUGGGCUUCUUUCUUUCCCUCCGAAGGAAGAUUCAUUUGAGAUGAACAAACCUUACAGCAAUGAGACUGCAGCCAUUAUAGACAGUGAGGUGAGAGAGAAGGUCUCAAAGGCUUAUGCUAGAACAUUGGAGCUCGUUAAAGAGCACAAGAAUCACAUCAGCCAGAUCGCUGAGCUGCUAUUGAAGAAGGAGAUCCUCCAUCAAGAUGAUCUUAUCCAUGUCCUCGGGGAGCGGCCCUUCAAAGCUAGUGAGCCCACAAACUAUGAUAGGUUUAAACACGGGUUCGAAGAAAACGAGACCGAGAGGUCAAAAUCUUCCAAAGGUGAAACAGAAGUGGAUGAUGACUCUCCCUCACUUGAAGGAGAGGUAUUACCAACGUAGCUUUUUUGCUGUUCAAUGAACCGUAUAUUAUGAAAAGCAAGAAGAAUGAUUGAUUUCAAUAAUUUAUCCUCAUAACCUAGUAAUUAAUGUACAGACCUGGCUUUUUCACUCUCUUUUUACUAGGUUUAGGGUUUUCUCCAGCAACUUAUGGCAUUUAAAUCGAAUAUUUUGUUGCUCGACUCUGGAGAUCCUGUUUUUAUACAAAGUUUGAACUCAAAUGAAGUGAUCUGCAGAUAGUUACUAUAAAGAUCAUUCUUGACGAAA